AUGCGGAGGCGCACUGCGCCCAGCCUGGGCGCCUGCAUCCUGCUCCUCAGCGCAGUCUGCCGCGUCGUCGACGGGGUCUCCAACAGCGCUCACCUGGGCCCCACUCUGGCCUCCUCUCUCGACGACGACGCGUUCCUGGGGUUUCUUGGCGAGGUGGGGGAGUGCGCCGACUCCCCAGUUCCCAACCUGGUGUUCACGGGCGGCAAGAACAAGACCGAGACGCGCCUUCCGUCCCUCACCGUGGAGGGCGUGUGGAGGAGUUCCAUGAACCAUAGCCUGGAUGAUAUCACACUGUGCACCAACACUGGCAUCGAAAGGAGCUACAUGCUGGAGGGCCAGUGCACAAGCUGGGGCGGCCCAGUGGUCGCCAUCCUGUACCUGUCCCUGGAGCUGUUUGACACGAACAAUGCGCUGCACAUCGAACAAGCAAGGGCACAGGCUGCAGACCUCCACGCCAGGAUGGAGGAAGCGGGAGGAUGCGCCCUGGACCUGGUGCUGGUGGGCGACGCUGUGCCAGCCAAUGAGAGCUGGGCCUACCCCUACAAUUCGCUGCGCAAUCAGGCCAUCGCGCGCGCACGCACGCGCCUGGUCCUACUCCUGGACGUCGACUUCCUGGUCAGCACGGGGGCGCGAGAGCGCUUGCUGGCGCGCGACGCCUGGGUCUGGGCGCUGGACGCCACCUAUGCCCGGCGGCAGGCCAUCGUGCUGCCCGCCUUCCAGACAACGCUGAACCUGAGCCUGGCAGAGGGCACGGCCGUGGCGCACGACUCCGCGGCAGCCGGGAGCAAGGCCUACAUGAAGGCAGAGAUGGCGGCCGGCCGCAUCACGCGCUUUGCACCCUUCUUCCUCAAAGGACACAACGCCACGGACUACAACCGCUGGUUCAGGUCGAGCACGCCCUACCCCAUCACCUACCAGCGCGGCUACGAGCCCUUCAUCCUGGUGAGCAGACUGCACGUGCCCUGGUUUGACGAGCGCUUCCGCGGCUAUGGCUGGGACAAGGUGGGGACCCUGCCCGGACCCCCGCCCCCGCCUCCACGCUGUCCUUCGGCCCCCCCCACGAUCUCGCACAUGCACGCGAUGGUGGCCACCGGCUUCCAGCUGGUGGCAGACCCAUCCAUUUACGUGGUGCACCGGCCCCACAUCCCCUCUGCCGGCUACAACCACACGUUCACUGGGCCUGCUUACACCAAGAGCCACAGGGCCACUGCGGCGAUGGAGAAGCUGAGCGUGAUCGGCAUGGAGCUGAUCCAGGACGUGAAGGCGGGGGUGUACCCGGAGCACGGCGUCACCGCCCUGGCAGCCUGCCGCCCGCUGGAGCGAUGGCUGCAGAACCCGGUCGUGGCGUGGUGGUGA